GCCUCCAUGGCUCUCGGUGUCUCUGCUGCUCCUAGCCCCAUUGUCACUAGUGCUCCAUCUCUCGAGGCGCGCAGACUCGCUCUGAAGCGUGACAGCCUUCCCGCCUCUUCGGGUUCCUCCGUCCUGAGCGACGUUCAGACUAUCGCUGCCGGCGAGUCUUUCGAUGGUGGUAUGUUCGCUUUCGACCGUGGCGUUGACUGCGAGGGCCAGACCGAGGGUGGCGACUCUGAUGCCGUCUUCCAGAUCGAGGAGGGUGGUUCGUUGUCCAACGUCAUCAUUGGACCCAACCAGAUGGAGGGUAUUCACUGCCAAGGUGCUUGCACCCUGACCAACGUCUGGUGGUCGGCUGUCUGUGAGGAUGCCUUCACCAUCAAGAACCAGGACGCUGGUGAUACUACCUACAUCAACGGUGGUGGUGCUUUCGGUGCUGACGACAAGGUUUUCCAGCACAACGGUGCCGGAAGCUUGAGCGUCAGUGACUUCACGGUUGACACAUUCGGCAAGCUCUACCGAAGCUGUGGUAACUGCGACUCCAUGUACGAGCGCCACGUUAUCAUGGAUAGCAUCACUGCCUCGGACGGUGACAUGCUUGCGGGUAUC